AUGCAUGGACACACACACACCCUCUCACACUCAUCUAGAUUAAUGUACUGCUCAGGAUGUUGCAGCCGCAGCAGCCCAUCACAGGCAACGGGCCCAGCGCAAGCCGCGGUCUCGGGUUAAACGUCCACCCGGGAAUGCAUCCUCUCAACUCGGCUCACGGUCCUUCGCAACACCGCCCCGACGGGGGCAAUCCCGGGGGCCUCGAAGGCACGGAAAACGGACACGACAACCGGAGGGACAUAGGGGAUAUUUUACAGCAGAUCAUGACCAUCACCGACCAAAGUUUAGACGAAGCUCAAGCAAAAAAACACGCUUUAAACUGUCAUCGGAUGAAACCCGCUUUAUUCAGCGUCCUAUGUGAAAUUAAAGAGAAAACAGGCCUUUCUAUGAGAAACGCUCAGGAAGAGGAACCUCCAGACCCACAACUUGUGCGGCUGGACAACAUGCUGCUAGCCGAAGGUGUAGCCGGUCCGGAAAAAGGGGGCGGAGCCGCUGCCGCGGUCUCUGCGGCAACCAGCUCUGGCGGGAUGUCUCCCGACAGCUCAUUGGAGCACUCCGACUAUAAAAGCAAGUUGAGCCAAAUUCGGAACAUUUACCACACAGAGCUGGAAAAAUAUGAACAGGCCUGCAGUGAAUUCACCACCCAUGUAAUGAAUCUGCUGAGAGAGCAGUCUCGCACACGGCCCGUAUCUCCGCGCGAGAUCGAACGCAUGGUGGCCAUCAUUCACCGCAAGUUCAGCUCCAUCCAGACGCAGCUGAAGCAGAGCACCUGUGAAGCUGUCAUGAUCCUGCGCUCACGCUUCCUGGAUGCCAGACGUAAACGGCGCAAUUUUAGUAAACAGGCCACCGAGGUGUUAAACGAGUACUUCUAUUCACAUCUAUCAAACCCUUACCCAAGUGAAGAAGCCAAAGAAGAGCUGGCCAAGCAGUGCGCUAUCACUGUGUCUCAGGUGUCCAACUGGUUUGGCAACAAGAGGAUUCGCUAUAAGAAGAACAUUGGGAAGUUCCAGGAAGAGGCCAAUCUGUAUGCCAUGAAGACUGCCUUAGGAGCAACACAGAGCGAGGAGUCGCCCCAUACUCCAAACUCCACUGGCUCAGGAUCGUUCUCGCUGUCAGGGUCGGCUGACUGCUUCCUCGGAGUUCCACCAAUGAACGGCGAUCAGCCACCCUAUCACAUGGGUGCUCAGACUAAUGGUAACUGGCAAGAGCAGAACACGCCUCCCUCCGCCGCCUCACCCGGGAGCGAUCACUCCGACAACUCCGACUGAUCGACCCUGACGUCUGGCUCGGAUACCUGAGAGCAAAAGUGACGACGAAAGAAUGAUGGUCACUCUUCUACCCAACUGCAGUUUUUAGUUUUUAACACUGAACCUCAUUCAUGAAACACACACACAGAAAGAGUUUGUGUAAAUCAUUCUUGCAUAGAUCUCGUCUAAUAUGAUGAGAGCAGAAUAAAUUGUUCAGAAAAUCUUUCUUGCAUAAAUCAUUAAAUUGUUUUGAGUUUUGUGGACAAUUGAACACAGAUUUGUUCUGCUGGUGAUUCAUGAAUGAGGCUCGCGAGUCCGCGUGAGAGGAAGAGCUGAAUGCAAAAAUGGUUUUUAGUUGCCAUCUUGUAUUUUAUUGUAGUUUUAUUUUUCAGUUUUCACUACAUCACUUUUUAUUAUUUGUUACUGCAAUAUCUGGGUGUUGAAAGGGGAACUUUAUAAAAUGCAUUAUAGUUCUAUAUUAUAUUGUUCAUGUUAUCACUGCGCUAUAUUGUUUAUCGAAAAAGCUCAGAUAGAAUUGGCUUGGGUGAGCGGGGCAAUAGAGAAACUCCAAAGAUUGUUUUUGUUUUGUGUGUGCGUGUGCGCGUUUCUCUUUUUUACUGGGUCCGUGUAUGUACCAAUAUCUGAAUGAGGUGUGUUUGUGUGUCUUUAUUUACCGUUUGAAUGCGUAUAUCAACAGUGCUGUCUUUUCUCUGUACAGUGAAACACCUGUAUUCUCUACCUCUUUUACAAUAAAGACUGUCUGUGUACACAUUCAUCA